GCGGAUCGCGGGGAAUGGAAAUGUACGAGUAUGCGGGAUGUGGGCGGCGGUGGUGGGUGGUGGUGGCGAUGGCGGUGACGGGUAACGAACGGGGAAGAGGCAGCAGCGCCUCCGUUGCGUCGCGUCGCGUUGCGUGGCGUCGCGUGGCGUCGCGUCGGCGGCGUCGGUAUUCCAGGUCGCUUUCAGUCAUUUCAAUAGCCGCGCGUUUCGAUCGUUUUCAUGGCUCCUCGAGAUCUUUCGAGAGACAAGUUCGAAUCCGAGCACAAACGCGCCUCUUCCAACGACUGUCGCUCUCAUUUUCUACCGUCCCUUCUUUCUCUCUCUCUCUCUCUUCCUUCUCUUCCUCGUCUCUUUUUCCGUUUCAUUCAUAGUUUCUCGCCUUGUGUCUUCAUUAUUACCAAUGCACUUGUCUCUGGCGCUCCUCGCGUAGUCUCUUCAAGACUGCCUUUUGUAACGCGCGCUUGUUAUCGCCCACCGCCCGGCCUACAGUCAGCCUUUCGUGAAUAGCUCUGGUGCGAAUACUUGACCGAAAGAAUACCGUCUAUUGCUUGGAAUUUAGGGAGUAGCCGGCAAACGAGCGUGACGUCUUCGCGAAUGCACGCGAUGAGAUGCGAUGCGUCAAGUGUACACAUGUGUAUACAUAUGUUAUUUGUGUGCGUGUGGUGUGGCAUCUAUCAUAGUGUCGGCAUGAGACGCGGCUUUACAAUCUUCUUUUUGCCAUUCUACCGUUCUAAUCACUCUGCCAGUGACUAAUUGAGCUUUGUAACCGAGAUCGACUCCUCGCAUGGCUGCCACAUCGCGCGUCGACGAUCACGUCGACAUUCGCCGCAGCCGAGGAGACACUUUGGAGCCGGCAACAGCAAGGGCAAGCAGGUAUUUGCCGCAACGUUCGAUACCUCAGAAAAUACGAGAGACCUGAAGGAAACGGGUAUAUGAAGGAGAUUCUAAAUCUUUCUCAGGAUAUAUAAUGCGCGAAUUGACAAUUCAUGGCUUUGUUGCACGAAUUAAAAUAAAUAAUUUUUCGUGCGAUAUCGAAGAGACACAUGAUGUAAUGAUUGUCCCAAAAUAAUUCAGUACAUAAAAAAAAGCUGUUGCAUUUUUAUUUCUUCUUCUAUGAGUGAUACGACAGUGUGUCCUGUCGCAAUGUCGAAAAACGAGCGGGUCUUGCGAUAUUGCGCGCUCGAAUCUUGAAAGAGCGGUGGAAUAUCAUAUUAAAAUCGCAUUAAAAUAAGAAUAUAUUUCGACUAAGAAUAUGGAGGAUAUAAAAGUGCCGAACCUGGGGCAAGCCGCUUCGGCCGCGUGUUCAAUGGCGACUAAUUUCUUGGCGCCUGUGAAGACUGAGCGCCAGAUUUACGAAAACUCGAUGCUCGAAGAUGAUCCUAAUGCCAAUUCGGUAGUACCGUCGUCUCAAGAAGAUAAGACCGUGCCUAGAUGGGGUCCAAAUCACAAAGGUGCCCAAGAGCUUGCAAAUUUAUAUAGUACCGGAAAGAGAACACAAGAGUGCAUCUGUGUAGGAAUUUGUAUUACACUCAUAGCCGUGAACUCUGUUCUUGUGCUCAUCAGAUUACGAUUGGAAAAUUUAAGUUCCAUAGCAAUAGCUGCAUUAUGCGGUAUUAUCACGGCUGAUUUUGGAUCCGGUUUGGUUCAUUGGGCCGCGGAUACCUGGGGAUCUGUUGAACUUCCGAUUCUGGGGAAGAAUUUUCUAAGACCAUUUCGUGAACAUCAUAUAGAUCCUACCAGCAUAACGAGACACGAUUUCAUAGAAACUAACGGUGAUAAUUUUAUGGUCGCGAUACCAGUGUUAUCCAAACUCACGUGGGAUUUUUUAACAUUGCCCGAAGUAGAAAUGCAACAGAAAUUUGUUUGGACGUGUUAUUGGUUCUUACUUGCCAUUUUUGUAGCAAUGACUAAUCAGAUACACAAAUGGUCGCAUACAUAUUUCGGUUUACCUACUUGGGUUAUUUGGCUUCAAGAACACAGAAUUAUCCUGCCAAGAAAGCAUCAUCGAGUGCAUCAUGUCGCGCCUCACGAGACUUACUUUUGCAUUACUACAGGAUGGUUGAAUUGGCCCUUGGAAAAACUCCAGUUUUGGUACAUUUUGGAGGUGAUAAUCGAAAGGACUACCGGUUGUAAACCCAGAGCAGAUGAUCUAAAAUGGGCACAAAAACGUUCUUGAGAAUUAAUAAUUGCCCUUCUUUCAUUACUGUACAUUUUAUUGUACAAUAUUGUACAAUCAAGAUAUUUAACACACAGCCAAAUAUCGAAACGAAACUUAAACAUCGAACUAUGAAAUAGAAAUUAAGUGAAAAGUUUGUAUGGGCAAUAGUAAAAGGUUUGUAUGCAUGAAAUCCUCAAUUGCCAGAAAAAUGUACACACACACAUACACACACAUAUGUAUACAUAUAUAUACACUUUUUUUCAAACUAGUAUGAGGCUUUUUAUGAAGAUGAAAAAUUGUAGCAUUAACAUAUGUAAGGAUAUGAGCAGCAUUAUUGGACAUAUGCUUUUCAAGUUUUACACUAUAUUUUAAUACAUAUGCGCAAUAAUGUGUACGUAUAUAUAUUUAUUAUAUACAUACACAUAUGUGUGUGUAUGUGCAUGUAUAUAUGAAUAAAUAAGGAAUAAGCUUACGAAUUUGCAAUCUGACGAUUCUGUCGACACUACUGAUAUUGAUAAUAUCUUUACAUACCGCACACUCACCAUGCAAAUUGCACAAACUAUAAAUUUUAUUUUAACAUGAUAUACAAAGCAAUUUGUAGAAAAACAUCUGAUGUUAAAGGUCAGAUGUAUAGAAUAGGUUAAAAUAUCUUAUGUAUCUUUUGAAAAAAUUAAUUGCAUUUUUCUAAUGUGUGGUUAAAUUGAUAACAGAAAUAACAUGAGAAUUUAUAUAACACGUGAUAAAUAUGAUUGUUUAUCUAUGAUUUCGACAUUAUGUAUGUACAUAUACAUAUAAUCGCAUAUAAGAGGAAAUUUGAAAUUUGAAAGAGGAUAUUUGAAAAUUAUUAAAUUGUUAAUUUCAUGUAUAAAGAUAUCUGGAAAAUACUAUCAAUUUUUGAUGAAUUAACAUUUUUCUCUCUCUCUGUUUGUUUCUUUCCUUUAUUAAAAGUUCAAUUGCAAGUGUAACAUUUACUGAGACAAAUAUUCAUCUCUUAUAUAAAUUAAAUUGAAUUCCCUGAACCUGCUGCUUUGUAUGAGAUCAAAAAUCAAAAUUUUGAACCUGUUGUUUUGUAUGAAGUCAAAAAAUCAAAAUUUUUUUAUAGCACAAAGAGAGAGAAAGAGAGAUAUAAACAUCAAUUGAUUGAAAUUAUCAAUGCUAAUUUCAAGUUUUAGAUUUUUUUAAUUAAAAGUUUUUUUGAUUUGUUAUAAAGAUUAAUUUUAUUACAGCAAAACAUAGAAAAUAUUUUGUUACGUAUUUUUGUUUUAAUAAUUUAAAUAUUUGUUUAUUGUUAUUUUUUAUAUAAGCAAAUUUAUUAAUUUUAUUGUUAAAAUUUGGAGCUAAGAAUUGUAAAAUAAUAUAUCAUUGCUGCUUGAUAAUACUACGUAUCAUGCAUAGUAACAAAAUAUGUGUAAUCGUUGAUGCCGCAUGUUGAAACCCCAUAGUGCUAUAAGAAAUAUAUAUGCAUAUAUAAAAACUAUAAGAAAUGAAUAAAUGCGCCUUCUUUUAUUAUAGAAAAAUAUUAUUUAUAAAUUAUUAGAAAAAUAAUUUAAAAUUAAGAUUCUGAAAGAAAACACACACUAUGAUACAUAAACAAUCGAGACAAAGAAGAAAACAAAGAAGAAAUAAAUAAUUAUACACACAAAUUGCAUGAGAAUAGAAAAUUUUUACACAAAAAUAAUAAUGUGUUACUAAAAUUUAGUUUUUUGCACGCAUAUUUUUUUGCAUCUUGCAUACUCGUUACAUUUCUUAGCUCGGAGCAUAAUUAAGCAGAUAAUAAUCGCAAAGUGCUAAGCAAGUACAAGUCGUAGGUCGUAGGUUCAGGGACCAAAAGCGACUUACCGCUCUAUGUAUAAAAAUCUUUUGAAUGCUUGGUUUAAUUUUGAUAAAGUUAUACAGUUUGUAUGUCUGAUAAACUGUUUACAAUAUUUUUGCUCAUCUACAAACGCUUUAUUAUUCGCUAAUGUCAAAGCAUACAACUGUAAUACAUAUGUUCAAUAUACUUUAAAAUUUGAACACAAAUUUUAAGUUCCUUAUUUGCAAAUGAGAAAUUAUCUUCUAAAGAAAAUAUAUUAUUUAUAAGUAGAAUCACAGUUACUGUGAUUAUUGUGUAACCAUUGUUAUUGUUAUAAAAGAGACAAAGUAUAAAUUUCAAACAAACUAGUCAUAUUAAAAUCCAGCUAGAUUUGAAACUACUUUAUUCUCAUAUAAUGUGUGAUGAGAAUUAUUUAAUAUCGUUGUGAAAUAUUAGAUCCAAAGAGACAACUUUAUUUAUUUAUGUAUUUAUUUAAUUAAAUUAUCAAUAUAUAUGAAAUAUACAAUAAGUUUCUUUAUUUCCUUUUUAAAUCAUACGCGAUAUUUUCUCUGUGGUGAAGUGAUUAAAAUAUCUUAUAAAUAUCUGAAUUCAAAUACUCAACUUAAACUUUAAUUUCGGGAAAGAGAAAAAAUAAGCUUUUUAUAUAUAAUGAAUAUAAUUAUAUGUUAGGCGAAAAAAUAAUGUUGUAAGAAUUGAAUGAUUGAUUGAUAAAUUCAAUAAAUGCAAACAAAAAAGCAGAAGCGUUUAUUAAAUCAAGAAUAUAGAUUGCUGUUAAACAAGUAUUAGAAACUUCUAAUACAAAUAGAAAUGUAUAGCUAUUUAUAAUAUUAAUAGAAGGAAUUUGAUAAAAAUCUACUGGAUUAGCAUAUUUUACUCUAGAAAUCUAUGUUUUUUGAAGAAAACAUUGGAAAAGCUUGGAAAUUGUUUAACUAGCAACAUUAUUGUAAAUAUUCAAUAUACAAGAUAUAUGAUGUUGGACUGAGCUGUUGGAUUUGAAAUUAAUAUGUAUAUAAAUUUUACAAACGAACAAUUUUGCUUACCCGUCCUCGUUAUGACAUCAAUAUAAUUUAUGUUGCUAUCAAUAUAUAUAUAAGGGUAUAAUUUAAUAAUGCAAGCGCUCAGAGAUCUAUAACAUCCCAAAAACUAUAUUUGAAUACUAUAUUUGAAUUUGUUCAUAUAGUAAAAGUUGUAUAUGUGUGCACGCACUCGUCACGCAUAUUACACAAGGCAGUAUAUGAACGAAUUCAAAUGUAAUAUAUAAUUUUAGUAUACAUACACAUAUAUACACAUUUUUAUAUGAGGGAUAAAUAUUAUAUUUCGUUUAAACAUAUGGCUCUUGUAAUGAAUAAGAAUAAAAAAUGUAAUUAGAAAUAUGCCGAAUGAGUGUUGGAUAUGAAAAAAUUUGUAUAUUAUAGUUAUAAAUAAUAGAAUGCUGAUGGUGUGGCAAUAUUUGACAAAUAAGAGCGAACAUAAAUAUUUAUCUGAUCUUAAAAUUAUAAAUUCGUGAUAGUAAAGCAUAUAAAUUUUGCGAAGCUAACGUUAUAAGAAAAAGAGAUAAAUGCAAAAAUUCAUUCUAAAUAUUUUACAUAACUGAUGUUUAUAUGUUACUGCGCGCGAUAACGCAUAAGGAAAUAAUUGAAAAAAAAAAUACCAAGAAAUAAUACUAUACCGUUAUUUUCAUAUAAUCAUAAUUAUGCUUUUUUUUUAAUGAUGUGUAAUAUAAUUGUUUUAUACUGUGGCCUUAAUCUCUUCUUAAAAUUUCUUUGAUAUGUAACUUUAAUUUAAAUUUUCUUUUUAUCUUAAAAUAUUAAAUGCAUUAAUUGAAUAUUAUUAUGAUUUCACAAAAUCUUUAUUUGCAUUUAUAGUUUUUUUUUUUCAAUUAAGUAAUAAUAAUUCAAGUUAUUUUAUCAAAUUCUCAGCAAAAUUACAUAAAUAAUAAAAGACAAAUUAUAUAGAGCAAUGAUGCAUUUGCUGCUGCUACUGCUGCUGAAAGUACAAAGAGAAUAGAAGACAAGAGCUAGCUGUGCAUAUAUUAUAAAUGUAUUAUAUUUAUGUAAUAUUUUGCAAAUGUGAUCUAUGUAUGCGCAUGUCCUUUUAUAUUAUAAGUAUAUUUACUGGAUUGAGAUAAAAAGGAGCAAAAUAUUUUUGUAACGUAAUGUUAACUUUCUUAUUCAAAUUAUGAACAAACAAAUUUUAUGUAUUGUUUUUAUAUUCUUUUCUAUUUAGCAAUUAAUUUGUGCAUAAAACGCUAUAUCUAAAAAAGCAAUUGCUAAGAUGGUAUAAAAUUAAAGCAAGCUGCAUUUUUUUAUGAAAUAUAUUAUUAAUAAUUACUAUUUAGGGAGUUCAUGAUGAAGUAAAUAAUCUUUGUAAGGGCAAUAUAUGUUGCAUAGCAAACAAGUGCAUGUUAAAGAAUGGACUGACGAUUAUAUAUGUAUAUAAAUAAACAAGAGGUCACGUUUUAAUCUUUCCAUAUAAUUAUUUCACAUUCAUUAGAAUAUUUAAAAAAUAUAAUCAGGUUAUAUAUGUACAUAAUAUAGUUAUCAUCAUUUACAAUGGAGACUACAUGAUCUUAUUAUUUUUAGUCAUAAACGAAAUCGUGCUUGUGAGAUUUAAAAAAGUAAAUAAAAAUCUUAAAAACAUAUGAUUUUGUUUAAACAUAUAUAUAUUGAUAUACAUAAAAGAUAUUUAUUUUAAUUGUAACUUUAAUCUGAUACAUAUUUUUUAAUCAAACAAUCAUUGUUUUGAACAUAAUUGCUUGGAAAGGUUAAAUUGGAACAUUUGUUUAUACCUUUCCGAUUUUUAAAUUAUUCAUCAUGAGUUUUUUAAAGUAAUAAAAUGUAUGAUAGAGAUCGCGCAGUAAAAUAACUACUUUAACGACCUAUUGGAACGCCUUUGAUAUUAUUGAAACAAUAAAACGAUCUGCAAAGCAGGAGGAUCAUGUGUGUAUAUUGUUAUUAGUAUAAUAAACAAAUUUAUUCUAA